UCGUACGACGUUUGUGUCCCGUUAACUUUGUAACAGCGUGCGGUCGACUGUAGAUGCAUUACAGAGAUACAAUUUAGCGAGUCAUUUCUUUGCCCAAUUGAAAAGUGCAAAACAUAAGUGAAAAAGUGCGAAAAAACUUUACCAUAAAUGUCCUUUCGGUUGAAUCGUUGAUGGUGAGCCAUCGGGCUGGUUCUGUUAUGUGUAGAAAAAUCUAGAGACGGUGAGUCUCUAGAGUGUCUUACAUACUCCGCAUUUAGCGGCAAUAAGGCCAGCCAACUUAGGAGGGUAUUUAAUUAAAUUAGUUUCCUUGUGCAAAGGCAAACAAUUGGACAAAGCCCUACCCACAAACAGUAAUCCUACGGAGCCGAGUAUUUUUUUAUUCGUUUCAUUCCGGCCCGGACUACUUUGGUGUGACAGUUGAGCAGCUCUGUGAGGUGUGUGCGUGUUGUGUUAUUUUUCAUCUCCCUGUCCACAUACAUUCCCCUGAUGGUGGUGUAGUUGGCGCGUGCAUAUAUGCGCUAGCAGUGUAGUGAAGUGAAAAAAAUCUCUGAUAAUUCCGUUUCCUCCACCCGGGUGUGAUAAGCAGUUCCUGGAGCAGUGACUUCCGAGAUAGAAGUGCAUCUCCUACACGGGCUCAGCAUUGGUGGUGUUCGUACGCCCCUGUAGUGUUUCGGAUUUAUCUCCAAGAGCCCCCUGUACCAUUCGGAGGUUGCUAAGUUGAGGCUGAAAAUUGGUGUACCCGCUGACGCAAAAGAGAAAUCUCAUCAGCACAAACUACGGCUAAUCUUUGCCGGGUUUGCAGCACCUCGGUCGGUCGGGUGCAGCAACGAGCACACGAAGUGUCCAUCGCGGAAUCAUCAUUUCCCGGCGGAUUUUAACGGUGUAAGGUAUCGCAACUCUAACUACACGGGGCUAGAUAACGAUCCAUUUGCAACCAUGAUGGCGGAAUCGGACAACACGGCUGACGCGACCCGACGGCUUAAUGUGAAAAAACAGACACUCGACGAUGCGUACGCAAUCCCGGCCAACUUCCUCGAAAUUGAUGUCGUAAAUCCGAUGACAACGAUUGCGGCCGGAAAGAAACGUUACACCGACUACGAAGUGCGGAUGCGGACAAACCUGCCGGUGUUUAAAGUGAAAGAAUCUAGCGUCCGUCGCCGGUACAGUGAUUUCGAAUGGCUCAGGAACGAACUGGAGCGCGACAGCAAGAUUGUUGUUCCCCCGCUACCUGGCAAGGCGUGGAAAAGGCAGAUGCCAUUCCGCGGUGACGAUGGAAUAUUUGACGAAAAUUUUAUCGAGGAACGACGAAAAGGGCUGGAACAGUUUAUCAAUAAAAUUGCGGGCCACCCACUCGCGCAGAACGAACGGUGUUUACAUAUGUUUUUGCAAGAGGCCGCCAUCGACAAAAACUAUGUCCCCGGCAAGAUACGUAAUACGUAAAACGGAUUGAACACGGAACAUGAAGGUACGCAGAACAUAAACAAGUGCGAGAGGAAGCUGGUGACUGCUGGGGUUUGGGAUGUGCAUCGUUGUUGCAUUGUUUCCUCGUUUUGCCGUACAUGACGCUGUUGAUGAUGAGAGCAGACCAUCGUGCAACAGAAGUAGGUGCAGAAGGUAUAGCAAAGUGUUAAAGAAUACGAGUAGUGAAUAAGGAUUUGUGACCAGAUUUGGAGUGGCAAUGGAACGACACAGAUCAACUAUGUGGAAAAGUGGGAAGCUUCAAAUAGGAUGAGGUAGGAAGUCCAUGAGAGCAAAGCAAAAAUAGUACCCUACUGCUUCCCUAGCACCUAAGAUGGUUUGUUGUGUAUAAUAAGUUUUGGUACAUGCUAGACCAAAAGUGGAAACAUUCAAAUUUGACCGCCCGUCUUUGGUCGUGUGUUAAGCAAUACCAUAGAAUUUGGCCAACAAUCAAAGAAAUCCUCAUUAUUUCCUUUCUCCAUGGGAUAAGGCGUUGAUACUAAACCCGCGAUAAUUAGUGUUAAAUUCCGUUUUGGUUUGGUAAGUGAUCAAUAGCACUAUGCUUCCCUCGGUUUAAAUAAACUCUCGGAUUCGGAUAACACUAUCGAUACCGACGUGGACAUCGUUGGCUUCUGACUACUGAAAUGUGUGAAAUUGAACAGGUAGACUAAUUUACAUAAUAAUAUUAUGGAGGAAAGAAGCGGUAACGAAGCGCCAAAGGAAACCCUUUUCCUGCCUGUGCAGUAUUAGUGAACGGAGGAAUUCAGUUUUCUUUUUGAGUUUCCCGCAAUAGAUAGGCAUGAAAUCAAACUACUAAACAUACGUCCUUUGCCGUGGGUGUCGACAGUUCAGGUGCUUGUCAUCAUUUAGGGUGUACUACAACUGAUACUUAUUUGGCUAGGUCGCCGAUCGCAACAAAAACAUUAUUGAAGCGAUUGAGUUCUUGAAGAAUAUAACUGUGCGUUUCCGAAUACAAAUUCAGAAAUAACAACAUUUCUAAAUGGUGGUCACAUUGUAUAGAGAGCAGAAGGACAAAACUAUAGGAAACAGUAUGGAAAAGUAAACAGUUAAUGUUGAUUUGCGACGGGCGCUCUCUAUACGAUAAAGCAUAAAUGAUUUGCAGUUGUUUCGUGAAAAAUUCAACUAUUCGAUGUGCGAUGUGUAUAGUUUCGCCACUUUCUUUUGCUAUUUAAUAUUUUAAUAGCAUUGUAGAAUUCAAAUUUUCUAAAUCGAUGUUGCCCGGAGCUGUUAUUGCAUUUCAGUAGUUGGGCUGUACAAAAUUGUCAUAUCCAUUGAAAAAUGCUGCUUUGCAAAACAGCAAAAACGGCCUCUGGCAAAUGUUAUACGGCGUUGAGAAACCCGCACUUGCUAAAAUGAAAUUUAUGUACACUAUUAUAAAUCAAACAAAAGGCGGUUUCGCCGCUUCCGAAUUGUUUAUUCCCUGCUCAUAUGCCACUCCAAGUACACGGUGUCCCCAUUCAUAUCACGCAUUAGCACGCAGAGCACACCAGGCAAUAGUUGUGGGAACACGUUAAUUUGGCUAAAUGCCACAGCAACAGCAACAGUUGUGCAGAAAAGACCCCUCCGGUGAUAAGUUUGAUACAUUUGGUCAACAAUUAAGCCAACCAUCAUGUGUGCACAGUGUAGAUAACAAUAACAAACGAUCAAAAUGCGUUCGAAAGUGAAGGAAAACUUUCAGACAGUAAGAUGGAGUUGAAGAAAACUCGUUCAAUCCGCAAACCCCAACAUACGUGUGUCCCAGGGAACGAAACAAUGCUCUGCGCUGAAAUUUUACAUACGCAAAAAGGGAGAAAUAACAAGGAUUAACUAGGAAAAUUGGAAAAAAACAACGCUCUUGUGGUAGUGUAUGGAAUGCAAGGAACGAGUGAAAAAGUAUUCAAAGGUGUGAAACAAUAUUGAUGCAGUAAUAAAACGAAACAAAAAUCUUUGAUUAUUAUUAA